CUGGCUUUUUGUGGACAAGUGUUGUGAAUAAAGUGAAAAAUCGCGGAUUUAAUUACUAAUACAUAUCUCCAAUAUUUUGAAGUAAUUAAGGAGUAGAUGAAGGAUAUAUUAUGCCACGCAAUAUUAAAGAUAACAAAUAUGAGAACAAUGGCUCCAAUAGACGUACACAUUCGUACAUGUCACCAGAAGACCAAGCAGCAGGUAAAAAAUCAUAUUGGACAGAAUUGGAGAUAACAGGGACUAUUCGCAACUUGAGUCCAAACCUGUUCACAAUGACACAACUCACAGCUUUAUAUCUAAAGAACAAUUGUCUUCAUCGACUACCUGCUGAUAUAUGUCAGUUGGUUAAUUUAAGGAACUUAGAUUUGUCUUACAAUAAGCUGCGCUCGUUGCCAGCUGAACUAGGAGAACUAAUCCAUCUCAGGGAAUUGCAAUUAUGCCACAAUUUCCUUAGAAUACUGCCGUACGAGCUCGGCAAACUGUUCAAUCUGAUGGUCCUGGGGUUAGUAGGGAAUCCGCUCAACAAGGACAUUAUGAACAUAUACUCCGAGCCCAAUGGCACCCAGAGGCUGUUAACAUAUAUGCUGGACAACUUACAAGUAACAACCCCUCAACCACCACCUCGACCGUGGAUACCAUUAGCCAGACCCACAACCAAUAGACAAACUUGUAUAUUUACUGUGAUGUGUUACAACGUUCUUUGUGAUAAGUAUGCUACAAGACAAAUGUACAGUUACUGUCCAAGCUGGGCCUUGAAUUGGGAUUAUAGAAAAAAAGGCAUCAUGGACGAAAUUAAGCACUAUGGUGCUGACAUAAUCAAUUUACAAGAAGUGGAGAUGGAGCAGUUCUACAGCUUCUUCCUCCCUGAGCUCAAAAGAGAUGGAUACAACGGCAUUUAUUCGCCAAAGUCCCGUGCCAAGCACAUGGGUGAGACGGAAAGAAAAUAUGUGGACGGUUGUGCCAUAUUCUACAGAACAUCUAAGUUUACGUUAAUCAAGGAACACUUAGUUGAAUUUAACCAACUGGCCAUGGCAAAUGCGGACGGGUUAGAGCAUAUGUUAAACAGAGUAAUGCCUAAAGACAACAUUGGUUUAGCCGCUCUCUUACAAACUACCGAAGCUGCUUGGGAGAACACCCCCACAGACGCACCAUUCGUCCAACAACCAAUUCUCGUGUGCACCGCACACAUCCAUUGGGACCCGGAGUUCUGCGAUGUGAAGCUUAUCCAAACGAUGAUGCUGAGUAAUGAACUGAAAACUAUAUUGGACGAAUCAGCGCAAACCCUGAAAUCUAACGACAUAAACGUGAAUGAUCCUAGCAAUAUUCAGCUGGUGUUGUGUGGGGAUUUCAAUUCUUUGCCAGAUUCUGGAGUAAUUGAGUUUCUGAGCACCGGGAGGGUGUCGCAGGAUCACAAGGAUUUCAAGGCGCUGAGCUACAAAGCCUGUCUCGAAAAAAUACUGAGUUGCGAGAAACCCAACGAGUUCACGCACUCCUUCAAACUCGCAUCGGCGUACAAUGACGAAAUCAUGCCGUUUACUAAUUACACGUUUGAUUUCAAGGGCAUCAUAGACUACAUAUUCUAUGCGAAGCAGACGAUGACUCCGCUGGGAUUAUUGGGACCGCUGUCUUCUGAAUGGCUCACACAUAACAAGGUGAUAGGUUGUCCACAUCCCCAUAUCUACUCGGAUCAUUUCCCGCUUUUGGUAGAACUAGAGAUGGUGCCCACGAUAUCGGCGCCGAUCAAUGGAAUUAUAGGUCACAGGUAGCAACCGGCGGAGUGUAUAAAUUAGCCAUUGUCGCCUUUGCAUUUGCUGUACCUGUUACAUCAAGCAGACAGUCCUGUCAUCAAAUCUUCUACAACUACUUUACGUUUUCGGAAAUGGUACCUGACGGCAUCGUCCCAAACAAACACCAUCUGAUAAGUUAAAACGAGCAAAACAAACAAUUAAUCUGCAUAACUAUUUCAAAUGUCAUCAAAUAUGCGCACAUUCUAUGAUUAAUUACCUGUUAUGUUUUAUUGUUAUAGUACGCCCUUGCUGUAUGUAAGAGUGCAUUGUAUGCUUACAUUGUUUUUUUUAUAUACAUAAUGUGACGAUAUCACUGUGAUUGCCCCUUUUACACUUAUUUAUCCUCUUGAAUUGUAUAUAAUGCACAAUUAUGCACAGCCUGUAAAGGAAAUGAAUCUAUAAAGUUUGAAAUUAUCAAUUAAGUUUAAAUCCUUCUUUUGUUUUUAUUUAAUGAUUUUGUAUAUCAGCAACAAACUUACAAUAGAAGUAAUUAUACUUCGCAAGUCUGAGAAGCAAAUGUAAAUUAAUUGUGUAAUAGUAGAAUUAUGUUUAUUCUUGUAUUUGUAACUAUGUAAAGAUAUUGUAAUUUAUAUCAUGUUUUAAUCUUUAAUUGUACUUUUGCAUAGUGCUUGUAUUUAUUUCUUGAUUUUAGAUAUUUAUCUAAUGAUCAAGCAUUGACUUUCGGUUUUGUAUCUUUAUGGUUGUAUUUAUUAUUUUAAUUUCCAAAGUGAUAAUUCUUGUGAUUAAGAAAGUCUCUUCUUCUCAUUAUUGAUAAAUAUCUCUCUUCUCCAUAUGAAAUCUAUUGGAUAUGUACAUUGUAAUUAUUUUAUUUGGUUUUUGUCAUUAGUAUUUUGUGCGCAUUUUUUCCAUACAUUGUUAUAUUUUGCUUCCCUUCUAUCAGUAUCAGUUUCACCUCGUCAUUACCCCUGCUUCUAAAAACUUUCUCUAAAAUUUAUUUUUAUACAGAAUAGAUACUUUCAUCUCUCAUAAAAAAUAAAAUUAGUAAUUUUCUACUUUUGAAAUAGUAAAAUUAAUUUAAGAUAAUGUAACAUGAAUUAAUAUUUUCGGCACUUCAGCAAUUCUCUCUGAUAAUGUGAUACAUUAAACUAUCUUUUAUACAGAAUAUUUAUCAAGAAUUCGCAACCCUCAUAAUUCUGUAUGAGAUUGUUAUGUAGCAAUUAUUGGUUGAAUAUCAAUGAAUCUAAAAAUUAAUAUUUUAUAAGAUUUCUGGCCAGUUUUAUAUUAUGAUACAAAUUCUUUAAUGAAUAGUGUUCACUCAAAAUAUAUACAAAUUCGUGCACGUUUUGCGUUCAAUUACACUGUCACCAAAAAAGAAUUCAUAAGGGAAACAUUUCUAUUAAAUUAUGAAUAAUACAAUUCCUUUUAGAUUCAUAUGAAACGUAUGAAUAAAUUUAUGUUGGGGAUUUAAAAUACUAUUGACAAGAACACGUUCUGUUACUUUUACACAGAUUGGAAUUUGAUAUUAUCUUUACAUCUCACAACAAUAACCAUAAAUUUUUGUGUACGUUAAUGAAUUAUGAUUUUAAUUUGGUGUUGCAAUUAUGAUCAAUAUGUGUUAUCGUUGUACGCACGUAUUAGCAGUUCUAUCAAUUUGUAAAUAUUUUGAAGAUGAAGACUGUUGAUUAUAAAAGCAUCUUAUUAACACUAAAUAAUUCAUUUGUAGACUCGACGCCACUCAUUCAAAGUUUCCAAUUAUUUGUAGGUCUUAGAAAUUUUAAUAUCUUCUUUUGUGUACGAGAUUAACAAUUUUAUUAGCAAUAGAUGAUGGUAGGAGUAAUUGAUCAAUGAAAUUUGAAUUUGAAACAAUAACAUAGAUUAAUUUUUUAAUAUUUGAUAAAAACUUAACAAAUUUCAUUGUCAAGCUCCAAAUGUAAGUAGUUUUUUUAAGCUAAAAUCAUUGUAGUUCUUAAUAUUGUUUAGCAAUGUUCUUUAUAAUUAAAAGGCCUAAACAUACUUCUGCUUUUUGAUGUUGAUAAAUGAUCGUCACUUUGUAAGUUCGAAGUAACUUUGACAUCCUGCCGAUUUGCAUGUUAACAGAUGUACCUCAUAUACAGGAUUAAUAAUUUAGACUAACAGCUUUAAAAUAGAAGAAUUGGUUGCACCAAUUCUUUUAUUUUUUGUCAUUUGGUUUAUUUAUACAUAAACAUAUCCACAUCCAUUCUAGUUGCAAUUUAUACAGUGUACACAAUAUUUAACUCUAUUAGGAAUAAUUAAGAUGUCAAAGUAACCAAAAACUGUCAUGUAAAGAUACAGACUUCCAAUGUGUUUUUAUGUAAAAAAUAAAAGUUAUCUACACUGUUUUCAUUAAUUGGUUAACGUUAGGUACUUAAAUGUCAAAAGUUGUAUCAUAAUUUACCAGAUCUCAGAUUUUAUAAUUAAUUUUUAAUAUUUAAUUUCAGUAGUGCUUAUGGUAUUGGACAAUGGUUUAUAAUUAAUAUAAGUUAUUUCUUAGGUGUUCUUUAACAAAUAUUUAUGUAAAAUAGAAGAAAAUAAAUGAACUUGGACCAUUA